AUGGGUAUCGACUCUGCUUCAACGCGGUUGCUGACGAAUUCGGAAGACACCAGUAUUCCGACUCAGGACCGUGGAGCUGGGAUUGUGUGUCAGAUGGGGACGCGGCCCGGGCGAAGUGUGGAACAGACGCUGCCUCUGCCUGGUCGGAUGGUCGCUGGACGUCGAUCCGAGUUGUGGAUCAUUGGCCUACUGUAUUAUAUGCACGUUCCACAAAGAGUCAUCUCAGUGAAAUGGCAAGUCGGAUUUGACACUGGCAAUCGGACAGGGAUGAGUCGGUGUUUGGCGUUUGCCCCCCGGACAACCACUGGUCCAUGGCGUACAAAUUAUGAUCAUAUAUUCGGCCGUACCAGUUUGGCUAUUCGUGGUGUACGGGUGAAAAGUUGGAUCGUACUGAUAGAACACAAGGACUCUAAGCAUAUGUACCGCGUACCUAGCGAGUCGCCUUCAUUCUACAACCAAAGCGCCAGACCGGCGAAACUCGAGCUGGAGAGAGACCGGGGAAUCGUUCGAGCUUGGAUCGUGCGGCGAGGCACAUGGGUCCAGCCUGAGUGUGGCCGUGCGGCCAUGAGGUUGUCGAGCGUGGAGGCCACCGGGAGGGAUAGAGACCUGAUGGGAAGGAGGAGCGGGAACGAGGCGAAGGGAAGGAUGGCCGCGCCGGGUUUAGGUUGGGUGGCGCAUAAUUAUGACCGAGCUGACCGUCAUCUCGUCACGGCUUUCAGUAUUGGGAUAGCGACAUGA